CGCCUUUCUCCCCCUCCCAUUCCGCAGCGCAAUUGCCCUAAGCCACUGAAGAGCCUGCCCCCGGCCGGCUACGCAAGCGCCGUAAGCUAGUCCCGCGUUCGAAAUCUCGAGCAACGUAAAGCCGCGGAGAAUUCAUCGGCAAAGCCUGCGCAAUUCACGUACACUAGUAAAAAGUUCGCGGUCUGGGCAGCGUAAAUGGCGUAAAAUAAAGGAAAGUUUCCGCUGUGCUCGGUCACGGGCGUAAAGCGCCGAAGAACCCCGCAGGGCCGCUCACGAGAGCCUUGCGGAGAUGGCGGUCACAGUCACAGAGAGAGGCAUCCCCUGAGAUAGCCAGGUUCCAGCCUAUUAAAGGCCUAGAAGAUCUGAAAGGUGGUGAUUUCUCCAGCAAAAGAAAGGAGAAGGGACAAGUCUGCAGUUUGGUCUUCAGAUUUGGGAACAAAUUCAGCUCUGUUGUAAGCAAUAAAUGGGAGUUGUGCCUGUAUCUGUUUGGCUCUGUCUCUACUGCAACAAGAAGCAGCAUGGAGAAGAAGUUGGCAUGGAUUGCUGUUGGUUUUAUUGGCCCAUCCUCUGACUGAUCAGACUUGGAACUCUUCGGUCCCUCUGGUAUUCUCCAGAUCGUAAUGGACAGUUGAGUUUGACUCCGGCUAUGGCAAAGGCUUUGAAGCUGUGCUGCUUUAUGUGAUGAAGACCUAAGUAGUAAUUAAAUUCCUGAAGAACUGCCAAGACUCCUAUUGGCUGAAAUGGGGAUGUUCCAGGCUCUGGUCAUUGAGUUGCGAAAAAAAGAAUGUUUAAAGAUGACACAGUUAAAGCAGUGGAGACUUCUGUAAGACAUGGAUAGAUGCAAACAUGUUGGGCGGCUACGACUCGCCCAGGACCAUUCUAUCCUGAAUCCCCAGAAGUGGCACUGCAAGGACUGCAACACCACGGAGUCUAUAUGGGCUUGUCUGAAAUGCUCCCACGUGGCCUGUGGAAGAUACAUUGAGGAACAUGCACUUAAACACUUUGAAGAGACCAAGCAUCCCUUGGCUAUGGAAGUUAAUGAUCUGUAUGUGUUUUGUUACCUUUGUGAAGACUAUGUCUUGAAUGAUAAUCCUGAGGGUGAUUUGAAAUUGUUAAGAAGCUCUCUGUCUGCUAUUAGAAGUCAGAAGCAUGAUCCAUCAGCAAGAAGUGGGAGGACAUUGCGAUCAAUGGCUUUGGGGGAGGAUGUGUAUAGCCAUCAAAGGACCCCUCAGGGACAGCCUCAGAUGCUCACUGCUCUCUGGCACAGGCGCCAAUCUUUGCUAGCAAAAGCACUGCGGACCUGGUUUGAUAAGAGUUCUAGAGGCCGGCUAAAACUAGAACAAAAGAAACAAAUGGAGGAACUGGAGAGAAAGAAGGAAGCAGCCAGGCAGAGGCGGCAAGAGAUGAAACGGCGACUUUUGGAGGAACUGGCAAACACUCCUCCUAGAAAGAGUGCGAGACUUCUGUCUCACGUUCACAGAGAGAAUCUGAUUCCAAGGAAGUUUAGAGAGAUGGCAGCAAGUUCCCCUACCUCAAGGCGAGUGCAGAGCAGCAGAUUCAGACAGUUUUAUUCCAUCCGGCGUAAGCCCCUAAUGACUCCUGGUGUGACUGGCUUAAGGAAUCUGGGAAACACAUGCUACAUGAACUCAAUCCUUCAAGUGCUAAGUCACCUCCAGAAGUUCAGAGAAUGUUUUUUGACACUUGACCUCUGUGAAACUGAAGAACUCUUAGCCAAAACCGUGAAUGGAAAGGCUAGAAUGUCUGGCAAGUUGGCAAAUGGAUCUGCUGCUAACGAGUCAGGGAGGAAUGAUAAAAUGGGGUCAUAUGGCAGGCAAAGCUUGCCAGCUGGCUUAAACGGUGGGUCCUCAAUAAGCAGGAGUUUAGAACUAAUACAGCCCAAGGAACCGAGUUCAAAGCACAUUUCUCUCUGUCAUGAACUGCACACCCUCUUCAGAGUCAUGUGGUCUGGGAAGUGGGCAUUAGUGUCUCCAUUUGCCAUGCUGCACUCCGUGUGGAGUUUGAUUCCAGCAUUUCGAGGUUACGAUCAGCAGGACGCUCAGGAAUUUCUCUGUGAGCUGUUGGACAAAGUGCAGCAGGAGCUGGAGUCGGAAGGAACGAAGCGCCGGAUCCUCAUCCCUUUCUCACAGAGGAAGCUCACCAAGCAGGUCCUGAAGGUGGUGAACACCAUUUUUCACGGGCAGCUGCUCAGUCAGGUCACCUGCAUAACAUGCAACUACAAAUCCAACACCAUUGAGCCCUUCUGGGAUCUAUCCCUGGAAUUCCCUGAACGCUAUCACUCUAUUGAGAAAGGGAUUGUCCCCGUUAACCAGACAGAGUGCAUGCUGACAGAAAUGUUGGCCAAGUUCACAGAAACAGAAGCUCUGGAAGGGAGGAUAUAUGCGUGUGACCAGUGCAACAGCAAACGACGGAAGUCUUCUCCUAAACCUCUUGUUCUGAGUGAAGCUAAAAAGCAGUUAAUGAUCUACAGACUACCUCAGGUCCUCCGGCUGCACCUUAAACGAUUCAGGUGGUCUGGACGUAAUCACCGUGAGAAGAUUGGGGUCCAUGUCCUCUUUGACCAGGUAUUAAACAUGGAACCUUACUGCUGCAGGGACUCUCUCUCCUCUCUUGACAAAGAGACCUUUGUCUAUGACCUCUCCGCUGUGGUGAUGCAUCAUGGUAAAGGGUUUGGCUCAGGACACUACACAGCAUAUUGCUACAACACAGAGGGAGGUUUUUGGGUCCACUGCAAUGAUUCCAAACUGAAUGUAUGUAGUGUGGAGGAGGUGUGCAAAACCCAGGCCUACAUUCUUUUUUACACUCAAAGAACAGUGCAGGGCAAAGCAGGAAUCUCAGAAACACAACUCCAAGCUCAGGUGCCGUCCAAAAACAGCGAUAAGGACAGAAGACUGACAUUCCCAUGAUGGGAAGCAUUAAUAACUCAACUGACUCUCUCAGUUUUUUUAAACCAUUGGUGUUCACACAUCAUUCCUCUUUGUAGGAAUAAAGGCUUACUGCAGGAACAGAUCAAAUCACCACGUUUGCCACCCCAGGGUCCAGAAAAAUGUGCAUCAGGCUGUGCAAUUCCAUCAUAUAAAAUUGUGGUCAGUAAUUUUUUUUUUUUUAAAUUUGGUAAAACUCACUUUCCUCAAAACAGCCACAGAUGCCUAGUAUCAUUCAUCUUAUUUCAAACAGAAAUUAAAUUAAGCAUGUAAAAGUAAGUAUAACCCAUUUGUUCAACCAGAAUACAAACCUAUCAAACAACUGAUUCCCAAAUUCGCUAGUAAUUAAUACUGAUUACAAAAAAAAUCUCCAGAAAAAAGAGGUACAGUAGAAUCUCAUUUAAGCUUCAUUCCCUUGUUGUCAAUUAUAUUCUCUGGUGUGAAUCACUUACCCAAUCCCUUCCCACCUGUGUUUAUCUGAAUGACUUCAAUUUCCCCAAAAUAUCUUGAAUAGGUGGAGUUGUACUUUUCCAAAAGGCAUUCUUGCUGGUGAGCCUUCUAAGGCCCUUUGCCCUAGGAAAACGUUCCACCAGGCCUUACAUUGUCUGUAACAGUGUUGAAAACAUUUUGAAAACAGAUUAGUGCAGAUAGGACAACACUAGUAGAGGAAGGGACUAGCAAUGGAUCAUUUUCUUAGUAUUGACAGGGCCUAAAUAUAGCAUUGGUACACCACAUGGCAGCAUUUUUCUUUAACUGGACUGAAUGGACUUGGAAAUUUAGUGUUCACUUCUGAUACACAAUGUGAUCAAUGUGGUUCUGCUCUGGAGAGAGAUCAUGUAAAAGUGAAACCUUCUGAUUGAUCAGAUCUGCCCCCUGUACAUGUUCCGAAUCCUGUCUGCAGACAUUAGCAGCAAAAAUAAGGGUGAGUUGUUUUUUACUCCUGUUAGCACUAAAGUGCCAACACAGCUAUAGGGGAGUGGGCUGGAUUUUGUUUCUUUUUGUGCAUAAAUAGAAUUGCUUACUAAAUUCCAAUCUGUUACACUUCUGCAAGUUUGAAGACAAUGAGGUUGCAUAGAUAUUAUGGAGGAUAGAAUUUGGCCAGCCACAUCUUUAUUUCAAGUGAUAGCUUGGCUCUCAAAUCCCACUUUGAGUUUGCAGAGCUGCAGACUUAUAAAAACAACUUUAUACUUGCAAUCUGAGCUUGAUAUAGAAAUCACUGAAACACAGCAACCAUAGGACCUCACGGUACCAUUUUUAGUCCCUUUUCUCAGUAGAACCACACUUCAAACAUUUAUUUAGUUUGAGGAUUGUGCUGUCCAUGUUCAAUUUUAGAGAUCAGACCUGAGAGUUUGAAAGAGGUUUUCUUGUUCCCUGUGCAGUCAGUCUUGUUUGGUGGAGAUGGCUAAGGUGGAAACAAUUUAAAAAUCCAGUGUUCCAGUGGGACAUUUUAAACCUCAGAAAUUUAAACUUAGAAUCCAGGUAAAAAGUCCUGAAAUCAUUGGUUUUCCUUCUUUCCCUAUUUCCUUUUAUUCUUGUCAGCAUUUGCCCAUCAUACAUAAACUAAUUGGCAGAGCCAGCCCAUCCUAUUGUUCUAGAGGGUGGGAUAAAUUUCCUGAAGUAAUACCCUCUUGCCAUUGCCGCUAUCAUGACAAUUAACCUCCUGUCUUAAGAGCAAAACAGACUCUCUUCUCAGGUUGUUGUUAAUCACUCUCAACUAUCCAGAAGGGAGGGAGGGAGCACUACGGCAGGGCAGGCAACCAAUUCCUUUCCUGUCACCAGAGCAAAGACUGAGCGUGUCACCUCAAGGAGACACUGGUCUUCAUUGUCCUGGGGAGUGGGAGUUGCUCGGGAAUCCAUGUUUCCUGUAUGUCUGAGCAACACGUUGCUUUGGAGACUACAAAAAUCGCCUGGUUUUGUUUUGCUAGUAACUGUAAUUUCAAAAUUCUACCGUUUUACUCACUGGAAGCAAAGCAAUGUGAGGCAGUCCCAUAGGUGCUAAUGAAAUUGUGCGUGUUUUUUUUUUUUUUAAGCCUUAUCUGUAACUAGGCUUGGAAGGAAUUGAUUUUUAUUUCUUAUGAAUUCUGACAGGUAUUUGUUUAUUUCCUAUGUGUAGGUACUGAUUUUUGGGGGGGCAAUUCAAGGAAAUAAAAACAAACCCCAUAGAUAGUAACUCUUCAAAAUGUAAUGGGCCAAAUUAAGACAGAAUGUAAGCCGAUUCAACUCCACUGAAUUCACUGCAGUCCAAAUUUGGCCCACGGAAUGUAAAAGUUGAGCUCCGUAAGAUUUUGAAACAAAAUCAUGCAGUUGUGAUUAUCAAAUAUUUAUAAGCAUGAUUGGUUCUUUGCUAAUACAAAAAGUACAUACUUAUUAGUCCAAACAAUAUUUGAAAGAAAAAAGUAGAGAAGAGAAAGCUGAAGCGUUAAAAUACCUUUUUAAAUCUUUUUUUUUGGGGUGGAGGGAGAAAUUGAUAUUUUCCAAAGCACUGCUUAUCCUUCCAAGCCUAUCAAUACUUUUAAGAUGAAAUUGGAUCUGUUAUUUAACAGAAAGUAGAUUAUUUGCUUUUAAACUGCAGUCACAGUUUACCAUGACUGAUGACCAUAAUGGCAAAUUUACUUUCUGAAAACUCCUGCCAUGGUAACCCUGUUGUAAAAAAGUCUAUGAUAUAAAGGCAAACCACAAUGCAACAUUACAAUUGUUACUGCAGUGAGCCUAGACUUAUCACUAUGAAUGCUCAUCUUUUGACUGAGUGUGUUGCAUUAAUAUUUGAAUUCAGGUAGUAAUACAGUUGUCACUUGAAUUGAGUAGCUUGCAGAGAGGGAAGGGAGGCUGGAAGGAGGGUGUACAUUUAGCCAUCAAUGUAUCAGAUUUCCCAAGCAGAUUUGUAGCAUUUGCUGUUGACAUCUUUUGAGAUUAGUGGCCUCUCCAUAUGACAUUAACCCAGUAGUGCUGAGAUGUGGUGAAAUUGCAGUCAGAAAAAAUGACUUACCCUGGUAGGGAAGGAAAUAAUUAUACUUUAAAUUAAACUUGCUUUUUCCAACACUGUGAGGUUUCUGUAAUAUUUAGCUUUGAUUUGGAAGCGAUAGCGUAUAGCAUUUUUUAUGCUGUUUGGUUUAUAUUUGUCUACUGCAGGCUUCUUCAUAUAAGCAUCGCCCAAUGCUCCUGCUGCGCUGUGCACUGUUUUAUAGUGUCCUGGUUGCCAGAAAUUCUGAUUGGAAGUUACGUGUCUAGGUCAAUAAGGUGAAGAUGUUACUUGCAAUUACAGUGAAGUCCACUUAAGUGAAUGCUUGACAAAAGUGUAACCUAUAAAAUAAACGUUGUCCCUCCUUAAUCCUAUGAGUCAAAUUAUGCUCAGACACUGGCAUAUAUUUAGAGUCGCUCAGCUGAAGUCAAUUGAAUUACUCCCGAUUUAGGUCCCUAUCCUGCAAACACAUAACAUAUGGGAGCUACCUGAAUCAUGCAAGUAGUCCCAUUUACUUUAAUAAGACUACUCAUGUGAGUAGUUAUGUACAUGCUAAGUGUUGGCAGAAUCAGCUCCUUAAAUUGGUGUAAUUAAGAGCAGAAUUUGGUCCUGUAUGUGUAGCUAAAAUUCUUCAAUUUAAAAAAGAAAAAAUUGUUGGAGCAGGCUAAUAUCUCAAUUCUUUUUUAAAUGACUGGCCGAAUAAGAAAUGAUGCCUGUUCCGUACCAGUGGAUUAGCUUGAUGGAAACCCUUUGCAAGAGGUCGCUGCUGCAUAUGCAAAAACAAAGAUGUCGAUGACCAAAUUUGUAGGGCUCUGGAGCAGCAACUAAUGCUAGCCUUAAACCUUAGAGUGCUACAGUAGAUGAAAAAUAAUUGUCACCAUUUUUUUUCUGUCCUACCUUUGCUCCUGUGGCUUUCUAGGAGCCCGAUCCUGUCAGGUGAAUAGAGCCUCCUGAGAGGCUUGUUGUGCUGAGCAACAGCCAAUGGGAGUUGAACGUGAUUGGUACCUUACAGGAUAGGACUCUAGAACCAGAGGAAGCUGCUGUAAAUUAAUGAAUUACUUAUACUCGUAUGUAUGUGCAACCUGAAAUAUGGAGGCACCACCAGCACCUCCUCAAUAUAUUUAAAUCUUAAGUAAACCAGCUUUAUUUCACUUAGUUUUUUAAAUAUGAAAAUCUUAAAAUGUACAACUUCAUGGUCAGGUUAAGUCCCAAGGUCUGCUAAGGUAGUUGGAAAACAUUGUUUUAGGCUAACUUCACCACUAGCAAGUUAAUUACAACUACUUCCCAGUACGUUAUGCUCUUACUGCCUGCACUGCCAAGUUAAACUAUGCACUGUGCGAAGAGGAGUUUCAAUGCAAAAUAUUGAAAGCUGACAACGUUUUUUGUAGUCUACUGACUACAUGAACUCUAGUUUGAUAACUUCAAACAUUGUCACAGGUGAGGCAGUAGAUGGAAUAAUGCAUAUUAAACAGUCUGGGACUGAGCUGUCAUAUUGGAAUUGUUCCUUCCGGGUGACAGGACCACCUCCACACAGUUAAGAACUUCCAGACAUCUUUAGUGUAGAAAUAAAAUUGGAAAUGGUAAAAAUGUUAAAUGUGUCCUAUGGACUCGUAAGCAGAGAUUAUUUUUGUUUUUAAAAGCCAAGGCUUCUAGUAUAAAUAGUCUCUCUGCCAUACAGAAGCUCUGUUUCUGAUAGAAUAUGCUUAGUUACCUCCCAGUGAGAGAGACAAGCAAGUGGGUGUUGGCUGCCAUCAAAAUACCCCAGCAUAAAAUGGGAGCGGUCGACAGUAUUACAGAAUGAAAAAUUUGAAAAAAAGGGGGUGGGGAUGGGAGACUGGGAAAGGGGUUAGUUUUACCUACUGAUAAAGCUUUGUGAACUAAUUUUUAUAUGAUUCAUUAAAUUUGGUGCCUUGUAUCCAAUUACAUUUUGCAUGGGACCGAAAAGUUGGGAGUUUUAAGAGAAUUUCCCCUCUCAUCAUUCAAGUGGCAGACAAAUCUGUAUGUUUUUUACAAGUACUUUUCAGUAUCAUUGACAUUUUUACAUUUCAUAUCUGUAUGUGAAUGAAAAAAACGGUUCUUACCAGCAAGUUCAGAACUUGGUGUAUUUUGGUGUACAUGUCUGAAAUCUCUGUGUUUGUAAUAACUCAAAUGACUACUUGUUCAAAGGCAGAACAUGUUUGUUUUUUUAAUUUUCUUUCUGUGUUACUCAGGCCACUUCCAAUCAGGUCAGUAAGGUUACUCCUCUCAAAACAAUAACCUUAUUUAUAAGAAGACCUGUGUUCUAUGAGGGAUAAAAACUCCAAUUGUAGCAUUUUGGUAGAGUAGUAGGAGUUUUGGAAAGGCCUUUCUGAUUUAAACAUAUUGACUGAUAAUUGGAGACUUAAAAUGGGGAGGGGGAGAGAGAUAGUUACCUUUGCCAUGGUACUAUUUGCACAGACUUACAGUUAGCGGUGUAGCAAACAAUCCCACAAUACUGCAGUUUCAUAUGCAAGAUGCACGGUUGUUUAAGGUGGCUAAAUAUCUCUACUUAAACAGUAGAUGGUAAAACCCAAUGCCUACUCUGAACGCUGCCUUCUUUUGUGUCUAAUCUCUGCACCUGGUUUGAGAUUAGGCAGGGAGGAAGGAGUUGAGGAAUUUCUUGCCUGUGGGAAUAUAAAACCUAAACUGAGAGGGGUUUUGGUUUCUAUUACAUUAAUAUUGAUAUCCAUUUAUUUACAAGUGGGAAUGUGAAGCAUUCUUGCAAGUUUUUAAAUUUGUAAAACCACAGCACAGUUCUCCUGAUCAAAACUGCAUAUGUUACCUGUACCAAUUUGUAAUUAGUUGUCAUAGUUAAUUUUAGGGUAUGCCUUGAGCUAUCCCUUCCAUUGUGCUUAUUUUAUUUUGUGUGUAUGUAUGAGUUCCAGUUGUUCUAAGAAUAAUUUGUAUGGUUGGCCAAAAUGCUUUCAAAAGGAAUUUUUAAACUGGAAUAAGUCUUCUUAAAAAUGUUUUCAACUUACAUUUCCAAAAGGAAAAAAAAAUUACCAGCCCAGUGGGCCCAAGACUGACUUUAACCACUGUUAACUAUUUAUUGUUUGAAGCUUGUGCAUGAUACAGAAUGCAUUGUAGUUAUAGGGCACUGUCUGAACAGCCCUUUUACUGAAUUCUGUUCAGGUUGGAGUUUGGGAAAGGGAAGGAGUUAAAAAACGACCCAUGGACAAAGCUGAAGUGACCACUGUAAAACGUUUUGGAUUAUAUGUGGAUGAGGCAGGAAGAGUUUAAUGACAAGGGGAUCCAGCAGUGAAUGCUUUUUUUUUUGGGUGGGUGGUGGUGGCGGCAGCGGCGAAGGGCAUAAAAUCCAAGAAUGGAAUCUGAUCAGAAGCAAAAUCCUAACCCUUGAGGGCCUGCCACUUACUUUUUGUAGAAUUAAUGGUUGUGAAUUUAAUGGAAAACUAUUUCUUCUCAGAAACUAUCCACUCACUUCUCUGGAGACUUAAAGAAAAAUAUAAAGGAAGUCCCCUGCUUAAACCCCACAAUGGUCAACUGUAUAAACAUGUUGUGAAUACUUGGAGGUAAGAAAGGAAUGGAUAGACACAAUUAAAAGCUUGUACUUGAAUUUAAUAUUCAAAAAUCAUGGUUAUGCAUUUCAGGGUAGAAAACUAUUGCCUUAGAUAAGAGGGAGAAACUGAAUUCUUUUCAUGUUAAAAUUAAACUCUGUAGAGAACUUUCUGAUGCUGACUUUUUGCUUGACAAGCAGAAGGAACAUCUAGGGCCUGGGAUGGAACAGCGUUUAGUGUACUUGUAAUUAGACUCAAUCUAAGAGCUUGUCUACAUGGUGGGGUAAUACAUGCUCUGGGAGUGUAAUUUUUGAAGUGUACUGUAUAUUGCAUAUUAAUGGGCCCUGUCUGCACACAUUUUGUAUCAGUAUAACUUUUGGUUAGGGUUGUGUAGUUUGGGGUUUUUUUUAAAACAAGUAACUAAAGUGAUAUGACUUCCUACGUGUGGCUGGUGGUGGUGCUUAUACCAGUAUGGCUUAUUCCCCUUCUCAUUUGUGGAAUAAGCUGCAGUGGUAUACGUAUAUAUCACUAUAACAGCAGCCACACUGGAGAGGAGGGAGGAUUGUACCACUUUAGCUAUACCACUAUAGUUAAACUACUACAACUCUUGUGCGUAGACAAGACCUAAGAAUGUAUCUUAUCAAAAGGGACAAGCUAGAGCCUUAGGUGAAUGACUUUUUCUGCCAACUUUUUCUGCACUCUAGUCUAGAAUCUGUCCCUUAACUUAAACAGUUGCCUAGAUACAUCUUGGCACCUUUCUGACUGGAUAAGUAAUGUCGCCUUAAGUCUGUCUAACUCAGUACUGCUGGUCUGGCAAGACUACAACUGUAUACACUCUUGCCUAAUCUUAUUAGAAAGCCCUUACCACUUGACAGUAUCAUUCAGCCCAGCAAUUAAAAGUUCACAUAGGUACAGAUUUCCUCCGGCCUCAAAUAAACCACACAAAAAUAUGUGAAAACUCACCUUUUGAGUAAGUGUUUGAGGGGCAAUCAAAAGUGACCUUGAUACUAGCACCAUGAGGAGCCCCAGGUGUUAAGUAGAACUGACCCAUUUUAACUUAGCUUUAAAUAAGCAUUUACAAAUUCAGGGGGAAACACUUACUCAAUGCCAUAACUAUGAGUGUCCAUUAAAGAGGGAGUUCAUAUGAGAGGAAAAACAAGUUAUAAAAGUUAGCUAAGUUGUUUGCCCAAAAUAAAAUCCCCCUCGAUGUUUUUCCAAUAGUCUUCCCCUUCUUAAUGUUUUAAAAUCUGAUUUAAACAAAUGUUCACAUAACAGCUAAACUUAGUUUACAAUUUCUGAUCAUGGAUUUCCAAGCUUCUUUAUGGAAUAGUGAUUAAGGUUGGGAUUUUGAAGAGCCCUUGAUUGGGCUCAAUUCUUCCCCCAUUAAAUCAAUAAGAAUUACACCCUUGACUUCAAUAGGAGCAGUUAGACCAGGGCCAAGUACUUUUGAAAAUCCCAUUAUAAAGUAACACUUUGCUGACUGUUCCUGCAGCCAAGUGCUUGGUGAUCCUUGGAAGGCUGCUGUCCUUUAAAUAUUUGCAAAGGCUGGAAAGAACGGAGUUUUCUUUUAACACUAAACAUUCUCUUGAAAGCAGAAAUGAAGGAUGGAUGUUUCUUUUGCUUUUUAGAGUGAGAAACACGAAGUGUGAAAGGGGGGGGGGGGACUUGGCCAGGUUGUGGGCUUUUCAGUGACUUUUGCGAGGGUUUUAAGUCAAAGCUAGGUGUAGCUGUACUAUAGGCUUCUGCUACCUGAUCAAUAAUUAUAUAAGCUGAUUCACACCAUGCUCUGGUAAUUAACAAGGCUGUCUUAGCUGCAAGGACUUUCACAGGUGAUAGCUGAGAAUCCGACUAUUUCUGGUAGCACGGUCCAGCUGUCAGGCCAGCUCAGUGCACAGAUGUAUUGGUGAAGGACCGCUCCUAAUCUUAUGUAAGUUAAACAAGCUCUAUUUCAGUCCAAGGCUUGUGAAGACAACAUCCAGUAACUCAUCAUGACAGAAUUAUGAUGCUAGAGCUGCAUAACCUGGCCCCUGUCUGAACCCAAGUCCUAGGAAGAAGUUAGGGUGUUAAGUCAAAAACCUUUAGGAAUCAAGUUUAAAUCUAUCUAUUCAAUGUUCUGCGGAGGCCCCUUUUAAUUUUUGCCGGAAGAGGAUAUGUCUCCAGUUUAGUGAGCCUUAAAUUCACAACGAGAAUACUUGUUCUGAAAAUUUAGGCAGAGAUUAUUUCCAAUUAACUUACUAUUUGAUAAAGCUGAAAUUGACUUAUUUCCUCCAUCCAUUCUUAAGGGCCCUCACCAAAAAACAAAACAGAACCCCAAAUUUGUAGGCAGUGCUAUGUAAGACUCCUUUGAACACAGAGUAAUAGAUGAACUCAUGCAUAAAAUUCCAAAGGAUCUGAAGCCAUGCUGCAGUGGUGCUGCAAAAUGCUCAGGGCUAGAACGCGUGCUACUGUUUGUAUAGCUGUAGCACGACAAUGCACGUGAUUAAAGCUAGAAAGUAGCAGUGCUUCUGAGCCUGUCCUCCAUAUCAUCACUUUCACCUCCCAUGGAAUAGCCUCGCCACUAUCAGCUGGAUUCCAACAACAACUUAAUGGUGGCAACUAGUAGAACCAGUCCAAGUCACUAAAAUGCUAUGCAACACCAAACAGCUUCUUCCCCAAGUAUAACAUACAAUCAUAAUUCCUCGAAGAUAAAAGAAAUGCACCAGCUUUAUCCUGUCUGAACAUUUAUCCGUGUACAUUUAUGGUGGUUAGAGUUUACCUAGGGCUUUGAAAAAAUUUGUUUUCCCUUUGAAUAAAUAGCUGACAAGUCCUGCUUACAACACAGGAUUGGGACUUGUUCUUUUCUCUUUUGGGUGUGAAAUAUGAAUCAUGUUUUUAUGAUUUUUUGUAAAUCUUUACUCUUUUUUACACCUUGUUUUGUAAGCUGAAGUUUCCUAUUAAAAGAAUAAAAUUCCA